CUCUCCGUGUUUUUACGAUGAGUUUAGACAUGAAUUUAUCGAUUAUGUCGGUUAUAUUUAAGCCACCUUGUCUUCUGUGGCUCCGGCAAUACGCAGCUGAUACGCCAGUUGAGUAUUUUUACGCAAUGAAUCUCAGUUUCCUAGCAAAAUCCGCCAAUGUUAACGCUGCAAAAAUAGGUGUCAAUUUCCUCACCGUCACCAUCGUCAUUUUUUGUCAUCUCGUACUGUCAUAUUCUUUCCUCAAGUUUAGAAUUCGAGAUUUGGAUAGCUCAUUCAUACGUGGUAUUAACAGUGUCUUUGGAGAUAUUGAAGAAAACUGAGUUUUUGAGUGAAUGAAGACCUAUGAUUCUCUGUGCAGCACUUCACUGAUUGACAAAGCAAUUUUGGUCACUGAUUGAGAAAAUUGCAUUUAAUAACCAUUAUCAUCAACAUGGCAGAUUUAGGGAACAAAAUAGCUACAUAUGUUUUCAUGGACCUGGAAACAACUGGCUUGUAUAGCAUUGGAGAAACUCCCAGGAUUGUGGAAAUGAGUUUCGUUGCAGUGUGUAGAAAGCAUGCAGAGGGAAAUAACACUGCAGAUAGCCCUAGAGUGUUGGACAAACUGGUUCUGUGUGUUAACCCUGGAGGGAAAACCCAUGACGUGUGGAGCUUCAUUCAUGACUGGUCUUUACAAUGAUAUCUUGGAAGACUUGCCAGUGUUUGAUGAAAAUGCUGUGAAGAUGUUGAGUUUGUUCCUAUCAAGACUGCCACAGCCAGUAUGUUUGUUGGCUCACAAUGGAGAUAAAUUUGAUUUCCCCAUGCUGAAGAUGGAACUGGAGCGUUUGGCACUAAGUCUGCCUGCAGAUGUCCUUUGUGCUGACACCCUGGAGGCGCUGAGAGCUAUUGACCCCACAAGGGAGACAACUCAGGGACAUGACUUAAAUGGAGCCAUGGCUGGGUGUAGACUGCUUUCCACACCAACAUUGUCAAACCAAAGGCCGACAUAUUUUUCCAGUGAAAUUACGCCGGUGAAGUCUGAUAAUGACGCCACAGGACCCUUUGCACACCCACCUCCUGCUCCCAGAAAGAAGCGAAGUCGCCCCGAAAAUGGACGACACCUAGGAAAUAUGAGGUUUGCAAAAAGACGGUUAUUGCAAGACGAAUCUUGUGGCCUGAACAGAGGUGUGUUUUCGUUAGACACCUGCGCAGCAUCUCCGCCCCCUUCACCACAGGGGCAGUCCAGACCGCUAGCGCGCCGCAGGCUCGCUUUCACUGAUGGAUCAGGAGAAUCAAGUCAUUCAAAUGGUAGUGUAUCAGUGCCUGUGGAAUUUAGGCAUGAUUUAGAGAAGGGAGACAACUCUAAUGAAUUAUUACCAUUUCCUGAUGAUUUUUCCGACAGUGACAGUGAAGUGAGUGUGGAGGAACAAUCAGUAGAUGAUGUUAGCCAUAAUUCAAAUGACCACUCAAACACAUCCAAUCAAGUGGCAGAUUUAACAACAGUUUCUAAUAACUACUCGCUUCCUGAUGAGGAUUUAAUAUCGGCAGUUGACCAGCUACUGGACCAAACACCCAGAAAUCAGUCAUCAGGUGCUAACAACUGCUCUGUUAUUGUCUAUUCAUCAACAACUCACAAUCAGGAAGGACAGGAACUUACCAACUCAUCAGCAACUCACAGUCAUGUCCAACAAGCACAGGGCAGGUCAUCUGAAAACAACAGUGCCGAAAAUCUCACUUUCAAUGAAGCCUCAGAUAUUUAUUCUGGUCAGGUGACGCCAAGAAAAUGGGACCAAUCAGAAGUCAAGGCAGUUACUGCUACGACAAAAGAUGUGAAAAACUACACCAAUCAAAUGACAGCUAUGCACCGCGACAAUCAUUCAGAUUGUAAUCAGCCAACAACCAGUGUUCCAAGCACGUCUACAUCGAACAAUCGUAAGUCUUUCAAAUUGACGGAGAUAUACAAAAGAAUUUUUGGUCAUUCACCAAUUUCCCAUGCUGCAGAAGAUGACUGCAUAACAUUGGUGAAAAUAUUCAGACGUGCGGAAGAGUUUGGAAAAUGGUUGGAUGAACAUGCUCUUCCUUUCUCCAAUGUUAAGAAAAUGUAUUAACUAUUUUAAUAUAAAACUUCAUUUCCUAUUUUGGAUAAUGGGCUUCAAUAAUAUUAUAUGCAAUAAUGUUAUAUUUAUGAAUAACAAUAAUUUUAAAGGCA